AUGCUAAUGAACCUGACCCUUCUCGCACCUGCCGGCCCCGCUGGCCGCGGGCACCGCGCGGACGCUGCAGUCCGUAACCCGCUGCAGGCUCGAGAUCCUGCCGCCUCUAGGGAGGAGACCAUGCCGCGCUCCUUCCUGGUGAAAACGCACUCCAGCCACAGGGUCCCCAACUACGGGCAACUGGAGACACAGAGAGAAUCUAAUGGCUCCUGUUCUGCCUGUGAGGAGCUUGUGGGAUCCUGCCACCCACCAGAUGAGGAGGUCCCUUCCACUCCCAGCGACCCUCUACAGCCCCGGGACAGCACCUCUGCCAUUGCCUGCAUCUCUCUGCCUCUUCUGCCACAUCAUGGGGAAGCUCUGGGAGCCUCUGGGCCAGAACCCCAGGAAACCAGCUGGGUGGGCCCUCGGGCUGGCCAGGCCCCCAGUGUUCCCCUCAAGGACAGCUUCACUCUGCCCUCAUUGUUGGUGCUGCCCACACGAUGGCCCCCAGUCCUGGGCCCAGAUGGAGCUCUGGAUAAACAGCUAGGGGUGGAGGGAACCCCUCAAGCCCCAGGCUGUUUUGAGUGCAUCCACUGCCACAGGCCCUAUCAUACGCUGGCAGGCCUGGCCAGGCACCAGCAGCUGCACUGCCCCCUGCCGGCUGGGCCCUCCUUUACCUGCAGGUACUGCGACAAGGAGUAUGCCAGCCUGGGUGCCCUCAAGAUGCACAUCCGCACCCACACGCUGCCCUGCAUCUGCAAGGUGUGCGGCAAGGCCUUCUCCAGACCCUGGCUACUCCAGGGCCACAUCCGCACUCAUACAGGUGAGAAGCCAUAUACUUGUCCGCAUUGCAGCAGGGCCUUUGCUGACCGCUCCAACCUGCGGGCUCAUCUGCAGACUCAUGCUGGCACCAAGAAGUACCGCUGUCCUAUCUGCUCCAAGGCCUUCUCCCGCAUGUCUCUCUUGGCAAGGCAUGAGGAAGCUGGCUGCUGUCCUGGCCCCUAGAGGCACAGCAGGGUGGAGGGACCAAGCCUGACAAUAUUCUCAGUGGUUCUAUAUCGUCCAGGACAAUCGGGGAAGGCAGGGGCCGAGCCCACUCUUGCCUGUGUCCAGCCAGAGCCAAUAAGCCCAGUGGAGCCUUUGGGUGUCUUUCUCCAAGGUCUGCAUUCAGAGUAGAAUCACCACAAGACUCACCAAAACAAGAACCAACAGUUCAGUUUUCAGCUUGGCCUGUCUGCUGGACCUAUUCCAAAAAGGAGAGACUAUUGGGAAGCGGCUAACCCUGGACAAAGCCUACCACAACACCAGUGAGCCUGCUCACCUGGGUCCCUUUGUGUGCAACUUGAAAUGACCAUUUUUACUUGAGGAGAGCACAAUGUGUGUAUAACCUUGGGAAGCACAGCUACCUCUCAGCCAUCCUCACUUGCCUUUGCCCUGGGGUUAGAGACACAUUUUCUCCUGCCCGUUAUGUGCACACACACCCUAGCUCUUCCCCCUAAAAUGAGGCAGGGCCAGGCAGGAUUGGGCUGAAGCCAGGUCCUGUGCCUCAUCUCCAUCUUCCUGCUUGGAGCCGGCCUCAUGGCUGCCUAAUGUCUCAGGAGAGCAGCCAUGGGGUAAUAAAGAGGCCUGCGCACUCAGGCCUCCUGUCUUGAGCCUUGAGGUCUUGAGUCUUUACCAAUCUCCUGGAUCUAUGGAGAGGCAGAAUUCUUCAGGAGCAAUGGGAUUCCAGAUAACCUGGGCCUUUCUGAGCACAGAGCAGGCAGGAGACUGAGGGUAUUUUUGCUAGGGCAUUUCAGAGCCCUUUGAGCCUGGAGCCUUCCCUGGAACCUGAGAGAGAAUCUGCAUGAAGUGGUUUGGCCUGAAGAAAUGAAGAUGAGGGUACAAUUAACACCAGGAUUAAGGACCCAUGGAGGACACUUGGAUGGGACCAAGGUGGAGAACUGGUAGAGUUGCUAUGUGCUGCUGAGUAGCAUCCUGAGCCAGGACAGGGAAGGACUUGCUUCUCCCAGUGGAUCUGGUUGACUCUAGUUGGCAUUUGGACAGAGAAAGGAGACCCACAGUGAAUUCUUGACACGUUUGAGGUAAGAGGCUAUUGGUCACUCCACUUCAGGCCCAGGACAAGGAACAUGAGUCAGCAUCCUUUGUUCAGGCCCAGUAGAAAGAGUUUCCCAGCUUCCGAGCUUCCAGGAGCCUGCUAGAAAGCUCGUGGGUCAUGCAGGUAUCUUAGCCUCUGGUUUUGCAGAUGCUUCACGUCAGAUUUGGUAGUGAGCAUCUGGCUGUGGUUUGCUGGUGUGAGG